AGAUGUCUCUGCUCUGAUCUUUGCUCUCCAUUUUGUUUACGAGAAAUUCUCUUCCUUCCUUCUCUCAGCUUGAAUCUUAUAUUUUCCUCCCUUGAAUUCCCCUUCUAGGGCACCAUUUCAGAUGUGUUUCGUGCAAAUUUAGCUGCAAAUGAAUGUGAUUUAGGGUUUUGCUUCUGAGAGAGAGAUAACAGAGCUGGAUGGAUGGAAUCGGAUUUACCGAAACAAGAAAUUCCGAAGCAGCAAUCUCCUAGUUGAAAUGGUGAGAUUUUUUCUCCUAUUCUUGGUAGUAAUCGGCGACGGAGCCUUCAAAUUUCUAGAAUCAACACUUCUGAUUUUAAACUCGAGUUCAUCGUUAUUGUUACGGAAGAUCCACUGAUUCCUCUGGUUGAUAAUUUCGAUAACGUUGCCUUUUCUCUUCAAUAGUUGUUGUUUAUCUCUUGUUCAUAAUUCUUAGUUCUGAUUUAGUCUCGCAUUUAUGGUGCCCAAAUCCAUUGCCUUCGUGCACUCAUUUCUUUCUAAUCGGAUCACCUCGUCGUUCCUCACUAUUUCUUCCAUUUUAACCUAUUCAACACAGCCGAAUUUGAAUUCUCAUGAAGCAAUUACCAGUGCUUCUCUUCAAUCUCAACAAUUAGAACAAUCCCUCAACAGUUUUAAACUAAUGAUCCUUCAAGGGCAUUGUCCGAGUGCAAUCUCUUUCAAUAAUGUACUGGGUUUACUUGCAAAAUCAGGCGAUUUGCAUAAAACUUGGUGGUUUUUCACUGAAUUUUUGGGGAGAACUCACUUUGAUGAGUAUAGUUUCGGGAUUACGAUUAAGGCCUUUUGCAAAAACGGCAAUGUAAGUAAAGGUUUCGAGCUUUUGGCUCAAAUGGAGAGGAUAGGCUUGUCUCCUAAUGUCGUUAUAUACACUAUCUUGAUUGAUGCCUGUUGCAAAAAUGGUGACAUUGAACAGGCUAAAGUAUUGUUUUCUAAGAUGAAUGACCUUGGUUUGGUUGCUAAUCAAUACACUUACACUGCCAUGAUCAAUGGAUUUUUCAAGAAAGGAUAUAAGAAGGAUGGUUUUGAGCUUUUUGAGAAGAUGAAGCUUGUUGGGGUGCUUCCUAGUCUGUAUACUUACAACACUCUGAUUAAUGAGUAUUGUAGGGAUGGGAAGUUGAGUAUUGCCUUUAAGGUGUUCGACGAAAUGUCGACAAGUGGGGUGUCGUGCAACGUAGUCACGUACACUAUUCUAAUUGGUGGGUUAUGUCGUAAGAGACAAUUGACGAAAGCUGAACGGCUGUUUGAACGAAUGAAACAGGUUCGAAUAAACCCAACUACUAGAACAUAUAAUCUGUUGAUGGAUGGGUUCUGUAAUAUUGGAAAGUUGGAGAAGGCCUUAGGUUAUUUUGAUGAGCUGAAGUUGAUUGGUUUGGCUCCAACUUCAGUGAGCUACAACAUUUUAAUUGCAGGUUUCUCUAAAGCAGGGAAUUCUUCUGUAGUUUCAGAGUUGGUUAGAGAGAUGGAGGAUCGAGGCGUUUCUCCCUCGAAAGUGACGUAUACGAUUCUAAUGGAUGCCUUUGUCCGAUCCGAUGAUGUCGAGAAAGCUUCUCAGUUGUUUCAUCUCAUGAAGAAAGUCGGUUCGGUCCCGGAUCAACAUACGUAUGGUGUCCUAAUGCAUGGUUUGUGUAUGAAAGGUAAUAUGGUAGAGGCAUCAAAACUCUACAACUCAAUGGUAGAGAUGAAUGUGGAGCCUAAUGAUGUUAUCUACAAUAUAAUGAUAAAUGGGUACUGCAAAGAGUGCAAUUCUUACAAGGCUUUGAAGUUUCUUCAAGAGAUGGUUAACAAAGGAUUAACUCCAAGUCUGACUAGUUACAAAUCUACCAUUGAGGUUCUCUACAACGAAGGGAAGUCGACCGAGGCGAAAUGUUUACUUAAAGAGAUGAUCGAAGCCGGGUUGAAUCCGUCAGAAUCUCUCUGUUGUAAGCUUGGUUAAGCCAAAAGGAUACUUUCAGCAAACGGGUUGUUGAAGAUUGCGUUGGUUGAUAUUAUGGGAGAAAACUUUGGUGUCUCGAAUUGAAAGCGACGAGGGUGCGUUAUUGGCUGCCAGCGUAAAAGCUUUGUAGGCUUUUAAUGAUCGAUUCAUUAUAUCAUUAUAUAUAGAACCGGUUUUCGUUGCUUUAUAUCUAGUGACCAUGGUGAAUUUUUUAUUAGUCGAGCGAAGUUCAGAUUGAGUGUAAGGAUAGAGAUAUGAACUUUUCGUCUCUUGAUUGAUGAUACAUAUCUAAAAAUGUUGGUGACGA